GGAGAUACACAGUAGAGACCCAAAUCUCUCUCUCAUAUGGAAGCUAAGCAACCAAAACCCACCAAGCGCAGGGCUCUCCUGCUCCUAAACUGCGUAAUCCUAUCCACCGGUAUAAUCGCCGGUCCACUCCUCUUGCGCCUCUACUUCCUCCAUGGAGGCAAACGCGUCUGGUUCUCCAGCUGGCUCGAAACCAGCUGCUGGCCCAUCAUUCUCCUCCCUCUCACCAUUGCCUUCCUCCACCGCCGCAGAACCAACCCUACAUCUAAGUUCUUCCUCAUGAAGUUUCCCUUAUUCGUCACCUCCGCAGGAAUAGGAGUCAUCCAAGGCUUUGAUAACUACCUCUACGCUUAUGGAGUGGGACGUCUUCCCGUUUCUACCUCUUCCCUUAUCAUUGCAGCCCAGCUAGCCUUCACCGCCGUUUUUGCCUUCCUCUUGGUGAAGCAGAAGUUCACUUCGUAUUCAAUAAACGCUGUGUUUCUCCUAACAGUAGCGGCGGGGGUUCUGGCUAUGCAUACCAGCGCAGACCGGACGAAGGGUGAAUCGACUAAAGAGUAUAUUAUAGCAUUUUUAAUGACAGUCGGAGCAGCCGUGCUUUACGGAUUUAUUUUGCCACUGGUGGAGUUGAUGUACAAGAAGGCAAAGCAAGAGAUCAGUUACACUCUUGUCUUGGAAGUUCAGAUGGUUUUGAGUAUUUUUGCUACUGCCUUUUGCACUAUCGGCAUGAUAAUCAACAAUGAUUUCAAGGUAAUUGGAAGAGAGGCAAGGGAAUUCGAGCUAGGGGAAGCUAAAUACUACGUCGUGGUUGUUAUCACUUCAAUGAUCUGGCAGUGUUUCUUCCUGGGAGCAAUCGGAGUCAUCUUUUGUGGUUCGUCUUUGCUGUCCGGAAUCAUAAUCGCUGUUGCACUUCCGGUGACUGAGAUCCUAGCCGUGAUUAUUUACCGAGAAAGAUUUACAGCGGAGAAGGGGGUUUCUCUUGCACUCUCCCUUUGGGGUUUCGGUUCAUACUUCUACGGUGAGAUAAAGCACAACAAGAAGAAAAGGAAUCAAACUCCAGAGACAGAGAUGCCUUCUCUCCCUAAUCCAUGACGCUUCCUUCUUAUUCUAUUUCAUAUGCAAGAUUCAUAUUAAUAGAAUAUUGAAUUGAAU